AUGUACGUUAUAAAAAGAGACGGUCGUAAAGAACCAGUCAGAUUCGAUAAAAUCACCGCAAGAAUUUCCCGUUUAUGUUACGGUUUAGAUCCUACUCAUGUUGAUGCUGUCAAAGUCACUCAACGUAUCAUCACAGGUGUCUACGAGGGUGUAACCACCAGUGAAUUAGACAACUUAGCUGCUGAAACCUGUGCCUUCAUGACUACUCUCCAUCCAGAUUAUGGCCAGUUAGCUGCAAGAUUAGCAAUCUCGAACUUGCACAAACAAACUACGAAACAAUUUUCUAAAGUUGUUGAAGAUUUACACGCUUACGUAAACCCAAGGAAUGGUAGACAUGCUCCUUUGGUUUCUGAAGAACUUUUACAAAUCGUCAAGGACCAUAAAGAUGAGAUUAACUCUGCCAUCGUUUACGACAGAGAUUAUCAAUUCACAUAUUUCGGUUUUAAGGCUUUGGAACGUUCUUACCUUUUAAGACUAAACGGUGAAGUCGUCGAACGUCCACAACACUUGAUCAUGAGAGUUGCUUUAGGUAUUCACGGUGAUAACAUUGAAGCCGCUAUUGAAACUUAUAACUUGAUGUCUCUAAAAUACUUUAUUCACGGUUCUUCCACUUUAUUCAACGCUGGUACUGUAAAUUCUCAAAUGUCCUCAAGUUAUACAGUCGCUAUGAAAGAUGAUUCUAUCGAAGGUAUUUAUGACACAUUAAAAGAAUGUGCUUUAGUCUCAAAGAGCGCAGGUGGUAUGGGUCUACAUGUUACUAAUAUUCGUAGUACAGGCUCUUAUAUCGCUGGUACUAACGGUACAUCCAACGGUAUUAUUCCUAUGGUUCGUGUCUACAACAACACUGCUCGUUUCGUUGACCAAGGUGGUAACAAGAGACCAGGUGCCGUCGCUAUGUACAUUGAACCAUGGCACGCAGAUAUCUUUGAUUUCAUCGAUGUCAAAAAGACAAGUGGUAAAGAUGAAAUUCGUGCUAGAGAUUUACUACCAGCUUUAUGGGUUCCUGAUUUAUUCAUGCAACGUGUUCACGAAGAUGGUGACUGGACUCUUUUCUCUCCAAGUGCUGCUCCAGGUUUAGUUGAUGUCUAUGGUGACGAAUUCGAUGCUUUAUAUACUCGUUACGAAAGAGAAGGUCGUGGUAAGACUAUCAAGGCUCAAAAAUUAUGGUACUGUAUAUUAGAAGCUCAAAAUGAUUGUAGUGCUCCAAUCAUGGUCUACAAAGAUCCUUGUAACAAGAAAUCUAACCAAAAGAACCUGGGUACUAUCAAAUCUUCUAAUUUAAGUGGUGAUGUUGUCGUUUACUCAGAUGCUAAGGAAACUCCUGCCUCUAAUAUGGCUUCCCUUGCCUUACCUGCAUUUAUUGAAAUCUCAGAAGAUGGUAAGACUUCCACAUAUAACUUCAAGAAAUUGCACGACAUUACUAAGAUUGUGACUCGUAACUUAAAUGUAAUCAUUGACCGUAACACGUACCCAGUUCCAGAAGCUAGAAGAGCCACUCUAAAACAUAGACCAAUUGCCAUUGGUGUACAAGGUUUAGCUGAUACUUUUAUGACUUUACGUUUGGCAUUUGACUCCGCAGAAGCUCAAUUAUUAAAUCAACAAAUUUUCGAAACAAUCUAUCACGCUUCUCUAGAAGCUUCCGUAGAACUUGCCAAGAAGGAUGGUCCAUACCAGUCAUUCAAUGGUUCUCCAAGUUCAAGAGGUAUCUUACAAAUGGAUCUUUGGGAUGCUAAGCCGUCCGGUGUCUGGGACUGGGAUGCUUUAAGAAAGGAUAUUAUGGAAUACGGUUUAAGAAACUCUUUAACCACUGCUGCUAUGCCAACUUCAUCCACAUCUCAAAUCUUAGGUUACACUGAAUGCUUUGAACCUAUUUCCUCCAACAUGUACCAACAUCGUGUCCUAUCUGGUGAGUUCCAAGUCGUUAAUCCAUACUUGUUACGUGAUUUAGUCGAUUUAGGUAUCUGGGAUGAAACUAUGAAACAGCAUAUCGUCUCUCAAAAUGGUUCUAUUCAAGCCUUACCAAAUGUUCCACAAGAAUUAAAGGCUAUAUAUAAGACUGCUUGGGAAAUCUCUCAGAAAAAGAUUAUUGACAUGGCUACUGACCGUGCUAUCUAUAUUGACCAAUCUCAAUCAUUAUCUUUAUUCUUACGUGCUACUACUAUGGGUAAGAUUACUUCCAUGCACUUUUACGGCUGGAAUAAAGGUUUGAAAACUGGUAUGUAUAAACUAAACAGUCAACCUGUUGCUGCUGCUCCAUUCUCUUCGGCUGCACAAGCAGCUAACAGUGUUGCUGAUAUAACCAAGCUAGAACGUCCAAGCUAUGUUCCAACUACUGCUGAAUUCACUGUGGCCGAUUUUGUUCCACCAGCACAACCAUUAAAAGAAAUUCCAGUGACUCCAAUUCCAGAAGAAGAAGAAAUCGAUGCUUUUGAAAAUACCGGCCUAGACUCUUCCAGAAGUGUCUCUCCAGCACCUUCUGAUGAAUCUACCAAAAUAGAAAGCCGUCCACUUGAACCAGUGGCUCUUCCAUUACCAAUUAAGAAGGAUGUUACUGAAAUCGAUGAGAUCGAGGAAGAGAAUGAAUACGAUAUCUUUAAUUCUAAAGCUAUUGCAUGUGCUAUCGACAAUCCAGAAGCUUGUGAAAUGUGUUCUGGUUGA